UGGAGGUCUGAGGAGGUACACUCUCCUCUCCUCCUGAGUGCUGUGUGGGUCGGUGGGACAGCUUUUCCAUCCUCCAGGCCAGUGAUGCAGGCAUCACCACAACGCUGGGCCUUCAGGCUGCUCCCUCUCCUCCUGGCCUCUCUCCUGCUUGCCGUUACCGGGAGUAUUGUCACAGCUGAAGAGGAGCUGGAGAAAGAGAGGGACCCAGCCUAUUGGAAUGCUCAGGCCAAGGAGACACUCCAAGCCGCGCUGAGACUCCGCCCCCGAGUGCACCGCGCCAAGAACAUCAUCCUCUUCCUGGGGGACGGAAUGGGUGUGUCCACUGUGUCUGCGGCUCGCAUCCUGAGGGGCCAGAUGGAAGGAAGGUCAGGAGAGGAGACAGUGCUCGCCAUGGAUACCUUUCCGUACCUCGCGCUCUCUAAGACAUACAGUGUUGAUAAGCAGGUAGCAGACAGCGCUAGCACAGCUACAGCGUACCACUGCGGAGUGAAGGCUAACGCUAAAACAGUGGGCCUUAGCGCCAAUGCAGUGGCCUACGAGUGCAACACCACGUUUGGGAAUGAAGUGUACUCCGUGCUACAUCGCGCCAAAGCCCAAGGGAAGUCAGUGGGCAUCGUGACCACCACUCGUGUACAGCAUGCCUCUCCUGCUGCCGCCUAUGCCCACUCAGUGAGCCGCAGCUGGUACAGCGAUGCUGACAUUCCCUCCAGUGCCCGACGACAGGGCUGUGUCGAUAUUGCCACACAGCUGGUGACCAACGUUGACAUUGAUGUUAUCCUGGGUGGGGGGCGGAUGUAUAUGACACCAAAGGGAACUCCAGACCCUGAGUACCCCACUUCCUCAUCCCGGAAAGGGGAUCGGAAAGAUAAGAGGAACCUCAUUGACGUCUGGAUGAAGGCCCAGCAGCACAAGAGUUCCCAGUAUGUUUGGCACAGGAAGCAGUUUGACGAGAUUAAUGUAAAGACUACUGACCGUCUCCUGGGUCUCUUUGAGCCAAAGGACAUGCGGUUUGAGGUUUUCCGGAAUGCCACACGUGACCCGUCCAUCGUCGAGAUGACAGAGAAAGCCAUUCAGAUCCUCAGCAAGAACCCCAAAGGCUACUUCCUCUUUGUAGAAGGAGGGAGAAUUGACCACGGGCACCAUGAUGGCAUUGCCAAGCUGGCGCUGACUGAGACUGUGAUGUUUGACCGGGCGGUGCAACGAGCCUCCCGGCUCACCAGAGAAUCAGACACCCUCACUGUCGUAACCGCAGACCACUCCCACGUCUUCACCUUCGGAGGAAACACCCCCCGCGGAAACCCCAUUUUUGGUUUGGCACACAAGAAGGCAGAUGAUAGGAUGCCAUUCACUAGCAUCCUGUAUGCCAACGGUCCUGGUUAUGUACAUGUGAAUGGAACGAGAGGAAACAUCACACUGGUGGAUUACUACGAUGAAGAGUACAUGCAGCAGGCUGCAGUCCCUCUGGACUCUGAGACCCACGGCGGGGAGGACGUGGCCAUCUACGCCAAAGGCCCCAUGGCCCACCUCUUUCACGGGGUCAAAGAGCAGAACUAUAUCGCCCACGCCAUGGCCUACGCAGCCUGCAUCCCACCCUACACGGACUGCCCACCACAUCUGCCCGCCUCAACCGGACACACACACACCCUCUCUGGGCUGCUUCUCUGUCUGGCUAGCCUCCUCUGGAUCCUGUUCAGAUGACGACACACAAUCCGACCAUCAUGGGUACAGUGUCCAUAUUAGGACAGUUACCGGUCCAUAAAAGUUGUGCCGGAGAUGGUGGAAACGGGAUAGUUCUAGGUUGUCUAUUUUGGAGAAGUGUCUAGAUUGCUACGUCAUAUUGCACUGCAGCAAUUUCUAACCAUCCUCAUAAGGUUCUAAAUGGAACAUGUAAGGUGCUAUAAAGAUAAUUUUCUUAAGGUUCUAUAAAGAACCGUUAAGAAAGAUUCUACAUAGCACCAAAACAGGGUUCCGCUAUGCUUACACAACCCUGUUUGGGACUAUAAAGAACCCUUUUUUAUGGUUCUUUAUAGAACCUUUAUGGAGAAUGGUUCUAUAACUAACCUUUCACAAUCCGAAAGGUUCUUUGUAGAUCCUUUUGAAGAAACCUAAAGGGUCUUUUAAUCUGGUCGGCCAUUUUAUAUUGUUAAAAUUCCAUCUGUGUUAUCAUUGUGUUACUUGACAAGUAGAAUCAAGUGAGCUACCUCUGGAACAACCGGGAGUCCCCGAGGAGAGAAUUGAGAAGCGCUGAUUGAUUUAGUCAACCGUUCACAAUUGACACAAGGUCAUACGCGAGUCUUUCACAAGACACCGUCACCGGCCACAGUCAUAUAUAAUAUGUAACAGAAUAACACGACACAUUAGAUAAACUGGAAUUACACUCUUACUCACGGUUGCACAAAAAGAGCUAUGACUAAAACCACAGUCCAAAAUAUUCACCAGGCACUAAAAGAGCUAUGACUAAAACCACGGUCCAAAAUAUUCACACAAGCCACUAAAAGAGCAAAGAAUCCUGUAAAGAACCAUUGAAGAGCUCAAAGGGUUAUUGGAGUCAUUACGGUUCCACUUAUAACCAUCACAAAUCCCAAAGAACCCCUUGAGGAACCCUCAUGUUUUAGUGUGUACACUAUUAAUGUGGUUUGUAGUGAAACUGGAAAAAGGGAAACCUGGAAUGUCACCAAGAUGUAUUUCCUAGUAGAAGUAGGCCUUACUAUAAACUCCAAAGAGAUGGGGUCUGUAUAUUGUAUUUGGUAAGAUCCAAGAUCUAUUUCCUAGUAGAAGUAGGUCUUACUAUAAACUCCAAAGAGAUGGGGUCUGUAAAUUUUAUUUGCGAUCACUAUAGCUGGACUAAGACAAUAAGAUGACUGGUAACUAAAGAAGAUGUAGUGGCUUAAGUAGUAUGGUCACGUAUCUAAAUUGUUACUACGGCAAUUUAAAAUGGAGCUGACCAUAGCUCAAAUAAACCUAAAUACUAAAUAUAGAGAUGUUUUUAUGUUAAAUCCACAUGUUUAGUAUUAGUGGAUUAAAUACAUGUCGUUGCUUAGAUGUAUUUCCUAAAGUGUUUCCAUUCCCCUUUAAGCAGUAUGGUCAGGUAUCCCAGACACAGGUCAAGCCUGGGCGUCCCGCUAGAUGGACAACUUCCGGUGAAACUGAAGGGCGCGCAAUUCAAAUAAAUAAUCAUACAAAUGAUGGAUAUUUAACAUUGAGGUACAUACAAGUGUCUUAUAUCGGUUGAAAGCUUAAAUGAUUGUUAAUGUAACUGCACUGUCCGGUUCCGAUUUACAGUAGCUAUUAAAGAGAAAGCAUGCCAUGCAAUUGUUUGACCACCGGCACAGGUUUCAUAAAUUCACAAAUGGAGAUGAAAUAUUCACUUACUUUUUUAAAAUCUUCCUCUGAUUUGUCAUCCAAAGGGUCCCAGCAGGGAUGUCACUAGAGAUUCAUGGAUAGGGGGGCUAAGCCUCUUUUAGGGGGGUCUGGGCAUACUCCCCCAGGAUUGGUUUUAAAGCCCCCAAAAUCAUCAUGUAUUUUUAGAGUAACAACGGGUGUAAAAUCGAUCAAAAUAAGGUUAUUUUUGGUUGGCUAAAAGUAUACCUGUCUCAUAGUUUGUGUUAGACACUGAUCUAAUAUAACUUACUUAAAUUCUAACCAAAUAAAGAAAUUAAAGUCCACUCUGUCCCCAUCCAUCCAACACCAACAAAAGGCACAAACAUGGCUAGCCAGAAUACUAGCCAAAAUACUUUCUGGGUGUUAUUUUGAGAGAGAGAGAGAGAGAGAGAGAGAGAGAGAGAGAGAGAGAGAGAGAAAUGUGAAGACAUGCAGGUCAUAUUAUACCAUUAGAAAAAAAAAAAAAAAAAUUGUUGCUCAAAAUGAACCCAAUAAUUCAGACACAUGGAACUUCUUAAACAGUAUCAUGCACAAUGGGGCAAAACGGGGCACAAUGGGGCAAAACGGGGCACAAUGGGGCAAAACUACAUUCAACUAAUGAGCAUAAUACGAUUUUAAAAACUGGAAAAUUAUUAGGAAUAAAAUCUGAUAAAGGUAUAAGAUCCCAAACAAAUAUUACAACCUAUAUUAAAGAACUUCUCCUCCUGCUUCUCUCUUUCGAUGCUUAUUUUGUGGUUGGACGCAUCAAAGUGUACCUCCUAUUUUUAAAGGUGGCAAAGUGGUCAAUUACACUAUUGUGGCUUAGUGCCCCAAGCACUUCACCCUCAUUGGACAUGGCUGCAAGACUUGCAAGCCUUUUCUGACCCAGUGUCUUACGCAACCAGGAGUACAGCCGGCACAGUGCGCUAAAAGACCUUUCACCAGAGCAGCUUCUCACUGGAACUGUGAGGGCAACCUGAAUGAAUGAAACACAUGAUACUCCAGGAGGUUAUGCCCAGCAAGCAUAUCUUUGGGAGGACAUCCAGCCUCUCUUUUCCAGGCAAAAAAGUUUCUGGCCACCAACAUCUCUUCUGUUUUAACAUCAAUACUGCUUGGCAAACUCAGUUAAGCAUGAUGUAUCUAGGAAGUGUUUUGAGUUGGGGCUGCAUGCCUGUAUGUCUUCGAGCAGACCUGCAUCUACAGUCAAGAAUCGCUGGUCAAGCUCACAAACCAUCCUGUCCAAGCAGGGGAGCAACAACUCUGUUUUCAUUGUUUAGGAACAUGUCAAUUCUGUGUCUAACCCCAAGGAGGUCUCCACCACAAAAUCUCCCAUUUUCCUUUGUUUGUGCUUUCUUGCUGCAUCGGCCUCCUGGAAUAUUAUGAAUUUCACAGAGUGCUUUGGUUCUGUGGCGAAUGCAUCUGUGCGUUUGCCUAUCAGUGUGUCACAUACAGCUUGUUUGCCGAAACAAGCUUCUGCCAGGUCUACUGUCUCUUUCUGGAGGAACGUGUGCCGUCCCUCAGUUAUAGAAAGAAGGGACUGAAACAUCAGUAGCAAAUACACAGUGGAGAACUGAUGAAGCUUUGCUCUCAGACCGACAGCCAUGGGGGAUCCAAUGGCAGAUAGACAAUCACAAAUAGCAGGUUAAUGUGUCCAGGACUGCAUUUAUGGACCUCAGCUGGCAUGCCCAGCGAGUGUUUGAGUGCUGUUCAAGUUCAGCUGAUGCUAUUCCAAGUUUGGACUGAGCUUCUUUGAACUUGUGGUGGUUAACUAGGGAUGUACUGAAAAACGAAUACACGUUCUCCAAGAAACUGAAAAAUUCAGCAGCCUCUGAAAUAGCCCUGCAAGUAUGACACAACACCAGAUGAAUCUCAUGAGCAUAGCAAUGUACAUGAAUUGCCUCCGGAUGCAGCACUCUGAAAUGUGCUUGCACACCUCCUUUGGAUCCACUCAUGACAGCUGCACCAUCAUAGGUCUGUGCAACGCACUUUACGCCUGCUACCACCUCUCAUUUGGAGUUGCUGUUGCAACUCAUCUGCUAUCGAUUUGGCAUCAAAUGACUUGAUUUCUGCUAGUGCUAGUAAACGCUCCUUAACUGUCCCCUCUGUCACAUAUCUAACACACAGAGAAAACUGUUCAGACUGCCCAUCCCUGGUCUCAUCCGCCAUAAUGGUAUACAUUCCAGAUUUUGACAUCUCAGAGACCAUGGUGUCCAUAAUCUCUUGAGCACAGCAUUCGAUCAUGUCAUUCUGAGAUUCUGGAGAGACAUACAUCGCAUUUGAUGGAGUAUUGUACCUUUACAGGAAAGGAUCAAACUCCUUCAAAAGCUCCAUACAUUCAAAAAAGUUCCCUCUAUUUGUGCUUUCACUAGAUUCAUCAUUGGCACGGAAAGAGAGUCCCUGUCCUCCUAACAUUGAGGUGACCGCAACAAUUCUCCUCAGAUACUCCCUUCUCUCUGCAAUAUCACUAGCAUGGGCACAUGUUCAAAUCUGAGCAAUGUUCCGAUGACUGCUAGUUGCCUGGUAGCUUUCCCAUGCCACAACACUGUCUCUGUGUUUGUGCCAUUUCAUGUUUACCGAAGAUAAACAAAGCUUUUUUUCCAAUUUUUGCAGCCAUUACUGACAAAAGAAUCAAAUUGAAUGUUUUUGCCAAAAAACUCUAGAUGGAAAGCAGAAAGCUGUGUUUUUGUGGACAGAGGACUCUGCACGAUUGUAUUUCUCAAACCAGCAUUGCUGAAAUGCCCUUUUCUGAGUACCAAAACUUUUGUGUUGGUGGCUAUCCAGCUAUCCAGCUUUGUCUGGGCCCAGUGUCUUUGUCAAUUAAAUCGCUUUCAUUUCUGGAAGGAGUUGCUGCAGCGGCUUGGCUACUUUCUCUCUCUGGAUCUGUUUGUUCUCCCUCUCUCUCUGGAUCUGUUUGUUCUCCCUCUCUCUCUGGAUCUGUUUGUUGUCCCUCUCUCUCUGGAUCUGUUUGUUCUCCCUCUCUCUGGAU